UGCCAGAUCCUUAACCCACUGAGCAAGGCCAGGGACUGAACCCGCAACCCCGUGGUUCCUCGUCGGAUUCGUUAACCACUGAGCCACGACGGGAUCUCCCUGUUUGCUUUUUAGUGUGAUCUGAGCAAUAAUCAGCCAGCUCUUUCUCAUUAAGCCUGGUCUGUUACCAGCCAAGCAGAGCACAGCAGCACGUGCUUCGUAUUCACAGUGGAUGUUACACUGGAUGUCACCAUCCUUCUCAAGGUGCUCACCUUCUAGGUGGGCACCACCCCGGGCUGAGCAGGGAGGCGGCCACAGGACCCCUUGGCUGAGCAGAGCUAGCCUGGACAGGCCUGGAACCGGACAGGCGAUGCUGUCCUGCCCUGUGUCUGAACUGUGGUGUAGAAGGAACAUUCCACGGUGUCCAUCAGCCCUGCGCUAUGGUCUGAGCAGAGGCUGCAGCAGCACCUAACAGCCCAGGUGGGAGACAGACCAUCCCUGACCACCAGGACAGCUCAUGUGGAGCAUCCAGGAAAGGAAGUCAGGAGGGGCCUGAGGGCCAGCGGGAAGGGUUGCUUUUGCUGGUUUUGUUCCCAGACUGCAGCAUCUGCAAGCAGGGGAGUGGCAGCCAGGCGGACCGAACACCUGAGCCUCUCGUUAAGUCUACCCCCAAAUGGACAGCCACCAUCCCACUGAGCCAAGGCCCUGCACAGCGCCACGGGUGGGGAGAGUAGGAUGGAAGAGGUCACAGGAUGUGGAAAAGCAGGGAAAGUGGGUGGAGAAGCCGAGGGUCUGGAGGGAGAGGGUUUGGAAGGCCUGAAGGAAAAGGCUGGUCUGGAAGGACCCUUUGCAAGCCUGGCAGCGGCUCAGCUCACGGGACCCAGGACCCAGCUUCCCACAGCAUCUUGGCCCACAGGGCAUAAACAGGGCACACGCUGCUGGCCACAGCACUGGUUUCUGAACUGAGGGAUGCCCGCACUGAACCAGAUCCUCCAUCUCGGUGCUUCAGGUAAAGGUCCCGGUUUAACUCCGAAGGCCAGUGGGAUUUAGGGCUGGCGAGGGGUGGAUCUGUGGGAAUUGAUCCAUUUAUCAUGCCUGCCCCGCCCCCAGCCAUUACCCAGCAACCGGCAGCUUUAGGCUUAAAAACCCUGAGCUGGGUUGAAAUGCACCUUGCUGGGGGCUGCGGAGAUAAAACAGGAUUUAAAGGCAGUGCAUUUUUCUAGCGGGCAACCUUAUCUGGAUUAAUGGCUCUGGGUUUUCAGCCAUGUGUGGAUGGGAAGGAUAAUUAGCAUUGCGUGUUACCUGAGAUUACAGGGUUGUGUUCCAACUAAGGACUCCGCAAGAACCAAGCGGUUGUUAAUAUUUAAUCAGUCUCUGGGCUUUACAAUUGGAUAAAUGAGGUGUGUAAUUACAUAAUUAUAAAAGACAUUUCCGGUAGAAAGGGAGGUAUGGGUAUUAAUACUGAAGGUGAAGGCUGGUGGAAAUAGCCCACUGAGUCAUUUCAGAAACAUUACCCAAGAAGGCCCUGGGAGGGGAGGGUCCCCCUUAGACUUGGCGAGCACAGGUUGAAGAAUUCCUGCUGUAGCACACUGGGAUCAGCAGCGUCUUGGUAGAGCUGGGACUCAGGUUCGAUCCCUGGCCUGGCCCAGUGGGUUAAGGAUCCCACAUUGCCACAGCUGCAGCCUGGGUUGCAACUGUGGCUCAGAUCUGAUCCUUGGCCCGGGAUCUCCAUGUGCCAUAGGGAGGCCACAAAAGAAAAAAAGAAAGAAAGAAAAUCUCUUCCAACGAGGACUUUCUCUCUUCUUUCCGGGCUCCACAUAUGGAAUAUGAGUCCAGAUGCUUUGUGGACUUAACAGAUAAUUCUCCCUGGAGUAUUGAAACGGACCCCAGGAGACCAGCCACGGCAUUUUCUUCACUGCAUUCUAAAGGAAUGAAGAGUUAAUCUUAUCCAAGUUCAGAGCCAGAAACCUGUCCUAUAAAAUCCCAGCAAAGACCGACAUUCUUUCCAACUUCCUUACUGGCCAUGGAGCUACGUUUUCCAGUGAUGUACAAGCUAAGUGGCCAUCAGGCAACGGGGAGCCAUUUGUCAGGUCACUGCCUUAGGGUUUCUGCGGUCCCCUGCUGGGGACAGCUCUCCUGGUGUGCGGGUCUCUCUGGGGGGAAAAUGCUGCUUGGGGUGGGGGGCAUGAAGAGGGAAACUUGAAGGGCUGGGAGGGAACAGGGGGCUGUCCUGGUUUACAGGACACUGGGAAGUCACAGCUUUGGUCCCCUGCAAAGGCGCCCAGUACACUGGUGGAAAGGGUGCAGGCUUCAAGCCUGCAAAUUUGACCUCUGCGCCUCCAUACCGCAAACCAUCAGGAAGAAGAAAAGUUGCAAAGAGAGCUGUGAACAAAGGGAGCGGGAGAGGGUGCAGCCAGGGUCCCCGUCAGGGAUGCGUGCAGGGCGAUGGGCCAUGUUCCUACCCCGUGGUCCUCUUCGGUGAGUAGAAGGGGGAGGUGAGCCAGGAUUCUGCCCACUCUGAACAGCCAGGCACCUUUCUUUCUUCCAGAUUGCUUGCAGCACUGGAAUUCUUUCUUUCGGGAACCGGCAGGGUGCCACUGUUUUUCUGGUUUCCAGGGUGUGCCCCAUGCGUUACCCAGGAUGGAUGGGGAAUGAGGCCACGCUGAAAUGUCCCUGCGAAAUGUCCACACAGCCGCCUGGCCUUGAAAGAAAUGGCAGAUCCCAAGGAACCACCUUCAAGGCAAAAUCUAGGGGGUCCACUCCCUCCACUCCUGUGCCCUCAACAGAGGUUUUGCUCAGGCUAGAAAUGUGCAAACUGGGAAGUUUAACCAGGGGUCAAGGGUGAAUGCCUUGCUUGCCUAACAAGCAUCUAACGAACAUCCACUGUGUGCCAGGUUCUAAGCCAGCCCCAGAGCAGGGACGCUCACAGGCCAGUGGGGAGACCCACCUGACCCCAGGGGUCUCUGCCUGCUCUGAGAUGGGGCAGGAGGCAGAGCGAUUCCCCCCUUGCCCAUCUGCCACUUAGUGUCCCAGCCUGUCUUCUGCCAGCCCACGAUUGGCAAACCUCCACCUGCCCUGUCACCUGACUGCUUCUCAGGAUGUCUCCCGUUCUCCAGGCUUCUCUAGGGUCCCGGCCAGAAGAGGAGACUGUCCCCAUGUCACCACUCAGAGCUUUGCCCCAGUGCCUGCUCCUGAUGGCUGAGAUCCAGAAAGCUGUGACUCUGGCGAACUUCCUGGGGACACGGGCAACACCAGGGCCAGAUACCUGCGGGCCAGGAAGCAGUCGUCAUGGCCUGACACCAAGUGCCACAUGGGGCCAGGUGGGCAAGAAUCUGCCUACUGACUCACCCAACCAGCCAAUGUUGCCAGCCAGACAGCGGCACCCCCUGCCACCUUGGCUGCAGGAGCAAAGGCAGACUUUCCUACAUGUCCUCAGGCAUCUGUCACUUUCAGAAACCAUCAGUCAGGCUUUGCCAGCAGUCCUGGACACAGAAGGUAGCGGGGAGGUCAUUGUGAGGCCAAUUGUCCAAAUAUGGCUGCUCAUUCCUCUGAGUCAGCAAAAUAUAUUAACAACAACAACGAAAAAGAUCUGUGGGAGAGAAAAAUUUCCUGCCACAUAUUCUGGCCCCUUGAUGACCCCAAAGGAGUGUCGUGUGUCCUUUGCGGGGGUCAGGAAGGAUGAGAAAGCAGACCCAGCCCUGGUUCUGCGGCCGUUGGCUCAGCAUCACCGCCAGGGAGCCAUGAAGCCUGUGCUGGGACCUCUGGGGACAGAGCCACACUGGCCUCCCACCUCCCUCCCCCAGAACCAUGGCCAAAACCCCCUCCUGAGGACCAAGACUCCUGCCACCAUCCGGUACCGUCUUGAUCCUUUGGGCCAUAUACACAUACCACACACUACAGUCUGCUGCUCAGUUUUUCUGCCCUAAGUGGACUCACAUUUUCACUUCAAUAAAUUAGUUCAUAGAGAAGUUAACCAUUGCUGCACUAAA